UUUAUAUGCAUUUUAAAAAGCAAUUGAAAUUAACAAAAUUCAUACAAUUUAAACGAGUUGCUUUAUCAAUAAAAUAUAAUGUAAAGGUAUUACGAACGUAUAUAUGUGGAUAAAUAUUAGCAUGAAGGUGUGGAGAAUUUUCAAGAUUCACUGAAGUAGUAUUUCUGUCGCAGAAUGCCAGGAAGCAGAUAUGGUCUGUAUGGGCAGAUUAAAGCAGACAAACCACUUGAACUUGAACCAAUUAUAGUAGAAAUUGCUAAUGCAAAACAAUCUCAAGUGGUGACACCCGAUUUAGAAGACACCAAGAAAAGAUGGUUGGUUGUUGGUAUAUGUCUUCAUAACGUUGUAUCACCAGCAUUGAGAGAAUAUGUUUCAAAAUCCAUGAAUCAGGUGUUUAAUACACUAUAGCAAUCUCACAAGAUAGAUAUACAAUGCUAUCCAAACCAACUAAAGUGCUAUAAAGGGACAGUCCAUCUCAAUUAUGAAGCUAUCAACAACAACAGAAUAGUUCGUUCUGGAAGGAACAAAGAUUAUCAGAACUAUGAUUAUAGAAUACAGAAUCCUAUGGAAUUCUCGAAGCUGUUCUUGAACGCAAAUAUGGCACAAUACACAGGUUUUGAUGAAACAUGUGAUUCUUCCGCACUUCUAAACAUCAUCAUGUGCAGUGAUACAUCCGUACUUGGUCGACUUGCAGAUCAACUACGAAAUGAUGUAAGAAAUCCUUGGGCACACUGUAAUUUUACCGAAUGGGAUGCAAUGAAAUACUUAGCAUCAAUUCAGCUGAUGCAACAACUUAUCAGACAUCUACACAUGCCUUCUGAAAUGAAAGUCCUAGCAGACUUAUCCCACUGGGAAGUAAAUGGUAUCAACUUUUUACAAGGAACUAGAUUAGGUCUAGAAAUAGUUGACGAAGUGAAUAAACACACUCAAAGUUUGGCCAAGUAUGUACUCCAACUCAAAGCUGAGACGAGUUCCUACUCUGAAAUGGUUCACAGUUCGUUAGUUCUGAUAUCUAAUGAUAUGAGCAAUGUCUGUAAACGUAUUGACCAAACCGAUAUAGAUUUAUCACAAAUCACAAGCGAAGUCAUUUCACUGAGGCUUCAAACUGAUAGCAUCGAGCAUAUUGUAAAUGAAAACGUCAAAGAUAUCAAAGAUAUAAAAACUGAUUUAGAAAAUAUAAAGAACUAUAACUCGCAUCAGAGACCCAAAGAAAAAAAUUUCUUUUAUCCACCAGAUAGAGUUAGUGUUUUUGUUGGUAGGGAAGACAAAUUGCUAUCAUUGAAAGAAAAAUUUGUCCAGAAUAAAGAUGUUAACCACACAGAAGUAAUAUGCGGAUUGGGAGGUUGUGGUAAAACUACUUUGUCCAUAGAAUUUGCAUGGAUGUGUCAGCAGUUCUAUCCUGGUGGUGUCUUCUGGGUUUCUGCGGAAUCAAAUGACACCCUAGAGGAUACAAUUACCACACUUGCUAUUGAUGUAAGCACACCAGGACAAAACAGUAAAGAGACUUUCAAAAGAACUCUCAUGUGGUUAGGACGCUUAACAAAAAGAUGGUUGAUUAUAAUCGAUAACGCAGAUACAGCUAUCAUUUCUGGUCAAAUGAAGGAACUACUGUUAGGAAAUUGGAAGCGAGACUCAAAAGGUCAUGUCAUAAUAACAUCAAGACGAGAGCCACUUGCUAUAGAAGAGACUUUCCAUGUCAGCACAGACAACUGCAAUCAUCUAGAAACUUUAAAUGACGAUGAAGGAGUUCAAUUUUUGAUCAAACGAACUGGAAUGUGUGAUGAAAGGUCCAAUGACAACAUAUCAAAAUUAGUAAUAGAGCUUGGAGGACUUCCGUUAGCUUUAGAACAAGCUGCCGCUCACAUCAAAAGCAUUAGAUGUUCCUUCAAAGAUUACCUAGCCAGUUUCGAGAAAAAACGCCUAACAUUAUUAUAUAAGACCACAAACCCUCCUUUCGAAGCAAAUAUAGAAAGGCUCGCAGUAAUGACAACUUGGCAAUUGAACAUGGAUUACAUAAGGUCUCAGUCGGAAGCGGAAGGGCUUGGGACGUCUGCUGUUAUCGUCAUGAAAGUAGCAUCUUUCCUAUUUGCAGACGAUAUGCCCGUUGAAAUUUUCAAUAGUGGGAAACCCACAAUAAGUGACGAAGAAGCAUAUGAAACACUUACAGACCCAGUUGGAAUUAAACAUGCUGUUGAAAUUUUAACAAGGUUUUCGUUAUUUCAAAGAUAUCGAUCAGAAAGUUUAUCGGUUCACAGAUUAGUCCAAGAAGUGAUAAGAAGCAACGUUGAUAGAAACGAGAAAAAAUUUGUUCUUCAAUGUGCAGUAAGAAUGAUUAAUAAAGCGCUAAUGUUAACAACAACUCCACACGCAGCUAUUCUUAAAAACAAAAAUGAACCACAUGCUUCUAGAGGAUUGCUCAAUCUAUGGAACAAAUUAGCAGCAAACGCAAAUGCAUUAAAGAGUUAUCUCAUUAUUAGCAAAGAUAGCCAGGAAAACAAAGAUCUCUUUACUAGUUUGGAAUCUGCAAGAGUAAUUCAAGCGUCAGCUAUUUACAACAGUCUGUCCCAGAGACAAGAUGCGGCACUGGAGGAUCAAAAUCAGAUGCUUUAUAUAAUGGCGUCCUUAGAUAUGGAGGAGCAUACUUGUAAUGAACUUACAAGUGUUAAAAUACCACUUUUAGAGAGAGAUCGUAUGCAUGUCCAAAAUAGCAUUGCUUAAUGAAAAUACUAAACGUUUUGCAGUAGUUCCUCUUUCAACAGACAGAUUGAGAGAAAUAGGUAAUCAAGCAUUUCAGGAAAAACGAUACGAGGACGCUCUUCAAUACUAUACUGAAGCGUUGCGGGCCUGUUCAAACAAAGAUUGCGACUAUAGAAUACUUUCAAACAGAAGUUUAGUUUACCUGAAGCUUCAUGAAUAUACUUAUGCUCUUAACGAUGCUAAUGCUUCUAUCGAAAUAAAUCCAUAUUUCUGCAAACCUCAUGUAUGGAAAUCAUACGCCAUUGCCAAAUUGAGGAAUAAAGGCAAAUUGCAAUCUAAAAUGGAAGGUUCGGGUCUAGCAAGUGCUUCUAUUGCAGCAUUUUUAAAUGAGCUAUCCCUACUUGAAUAUAAAAUGAAAGUUCAUUAUCCUAUAGUUAUGUAUGAAAUCAUAGAAUGUGAAAAUCAGUACACCGAUUUACAAUCCCGGAUUAUGUCUAUCUUAGAUCGACCAUUUACAACAUACCUGCUGAAAAAAGGUCGUUAUACUUCUCACAACUUGUCAAACCAAAAAAGAGUUGUCAAGUUAUAGGAGUUGAACCCGGGGUGGAAAUCGAAAUAGAACAUGGGAUUCAAAUUUCAAGACCUUUAGAUUCUGAAUUUGAACUUGAUUUCGAGCGAGAACGAGAAAUAGCGGUUCAUUUUGAAAACAUAUUGUUUUGUUCUAAAGGUAGCCAAGUAAAAGUACAUAAAGGUGGAAUUGGAACUUUCUAUAGAUGCAAAUUUUCGAACCAAAUUCUUGAAGAAGACUAUGAACUCAAAGAAAAUAUCGACAUCUUUUACAAAAGGUUUUUAAGUAACAUUGAUAUGAAAGACAAAAAACAUAGCUCAAGCAUCGUCUUAUCACAAGGCGGAAUGAUUGUUUUAAACUCAUGUGAUAUAAGAAGUAAUGGCGGUUGUGGCAUUUUUUUACACGGUGAAAAUUCUUUCCUGGACAUUUCGAACUGCAAUGUUCACAACUCAGUGAUAGGAAUAGUCGUUGGAGAUGGAGGAACCAUGAAAGCUUUAGACAAUCAAAUAUGCUGUCAGACACUGAAUGGCGUAGCAAUUGGUCCUAAUGGUACAGCAACUUUGAAAGGUAAUACCAUUUCACAAAAUAAAGCUGAGGGUAUAUGGUGUGGUGGAAAGAACAAAUAUAAAGAGCUUAAUAUUGCAAAAACUAUGGUCAUUGCAGUUGACAACAUUAUAUUUCAAAAUGGUUUAUCUGGAGUUUGUUUAGAAGGGGGGUGCUUUUUGUUAAAGAACAAUAAAAUAUCUGAUAAUUGGGCAUGGGGAAUAUUUAUACAGGAAAGAUCUUCUGUUUUUGCUGAAAGCAAUGACAUUUCUUCUAAUAAGUGUGGCCGCAUAAGAGUCGGUAUGAAUUAUUCUGCCUCAGUUAUUAUUGAUGGAAAUACAAUUAAAAACCAUAGUGGACCAGACAUUUUGGCUAUUAAUGAUGAAAUAAGCUAUGAUGCAGAGGCUGCAGAUUUAGAUGAGACUAAAACAUAUUCAACCCCUCCAAUCAUAACAGACAGAAAUCUCAGCUUAUAUAAUAAUAAACCAAUUCAAUCUCCUAGAGAUACAGUGAUGUCCCAAAAAACAUGUUGUGGUUGCCAAAAAAUGUCAACAAGCGUUGAAGGCCCGUACCAAUUGUAGGAUUGCUCAAUAUUGUUCAAAAGAAUGUCAAAAAAAUCAUUGGAUACUUCAUAAGCAUAUGUGCCCGCUCUUAUCAGAGAAAUACACAAUUGAAAUUCGAACAACAGACACACAACCCCGUGCACCAGAUAUCAAUACAGAAUAUGUAUUUUACACUCGACAUUUUCAUCCCUCACUAAUAGGAAUAUGUGAGGGGCCUGCCCCUGAUGUGAAAUCAACGAAGAGGUUCAUCGUAAAAAUUCAAUCUGACCAUGAUUUUUUGCCGUACAACCCAAAAAAAUAUUUGACACUUUAUGAUCAAAGCGUUACUUUGGAUAUAAGGCUAAUAAAUCCUGAACUUUAUCAUCUAUGCAGCGAAUGUGGUAGACUCAGUGGCGAUAAAAUUUCGUCGAAAAAGAUUUUUUGUUGGGCAUCAUAUAAAAAAGGAGGAGAUAUUCUUUGUAUUCAUACUGACGAAUUUCCAUCAUUUCAAACAUGGUGAAAAAAUUAUACGAAUUUAUAAUUUACCAAUUCGAAAUACAUGUUGGUACUUCGAAUAUACAUGACUUUUGGCAAAGUUGAAUAAUGAAUGUACAAAGCUUCAAAGUACAUUAAAAAAAAUAUAUUCAUACAAA